CGAAACGUCCACCAUCACCAUCUUGUUACUGUAAUCCUCAAGAAAAAGCCAACGAGAUGGGUCGCUUCACUGAGUACUCCGUCGUCGGACGCAAGCUCCCUACGGAGUCCGAGCCUGAGCCCAAGCUCUACCGCAUGCGCAUCUUCGCGCCCAACGACGUUGUCGCCAAGUCGCGCUUCUGGUACUACCUCCGCCAGCUCAAGAAGGUCAAGAAGGCCUCGGGUGAGAUCGUUGCCCUCAACAUCAUCUCUGAGGCCAAGCCCCAGAAGGUCAAGAACUUCGCCAUCUGGCUCCGUUACGACUCGCGCUCCGGCACCCACAACAUGGUCAAGGAGUUCCGUGCCCUCUCGCGCGCCGAGGCCGUCGAGGCCAUGUACCAGGACAUGGCCGCCCGCCACCGUGCCCGUUUCCGCAACGUCCAGAUCCUCCGCGUCGCCGAGGUUGAGAAGAAGGAGGACAUCCGCAGGCCCUACAUCAAGCAGCUCCUCGAGCCCGGCCUCAAGUUCCCUCUCCCCCACCGCCGCACCAAGUCCAAGGCUUGGUUCGCCGCCAACCGCCCCUCGACCUGGGCUUAAGCGGGCAUGUAUCUGCAGAUUGGGACCCUCGGAGUGGGGUCUUGAGAUGUACCUGUUCACUAUGGUCUUCAGAGAUAGUGUUUUGCAGCAUGGAGACAUUGGAUUGGAA